AUGCUCUCGCGGCUUCCCUACAUGUUCAACGACAUGAGCGACUUCUUCGACGAUGUGAUGAAGGACAUGGUCGAAUUCAAGAGAGCUGGUGGUGCAUGUCCCCCGGGUCCGCCUGGACCUCCAGGUGAACCAGGACUUCGAGGUCUGGAUGGUGCUCCCGGAGCUCCUGGUCAGCCUGGUGGCGCCGGAGAAGCUUACGGUGGAGGAGGAGGAAUGGAAGGAUGCAUAAAAUGUCCACCGGGCCCUCCCGGGCCACCUGGUCCUCCUGGUGGCAUGGGACCUCCUGGACCUCCUGGUUCAGCUGGUGGUGGGGGAGGUGGUCCUAUGUUGGGAGUGAUGGGUCCACCGGGACCUAUGGGUGAUGCUGGAGCGCCAGGUAAUCCUGGUCCACCAGGACAACCCGGAGAACCUGGAAUGGAUGCACAAGGUGGCGGUGGUGGUGGAAUGGGACCUGCAGGUCCACCUGGGCCACCAGGACCAAUGGGACCUCCAGGUAAUGAUGGAAUGGCAGGAGGCAUGGGACCUCCAGGAAUGAUGGGACCGCCAGGAUUAGCGGGAGAGCCCGGUAGACCUGGAGAGGAUGGAAUGCCUGGAGCUCCCGGAUCUGCAGGAGAACCCGGUGGCGAUGGAAUCUAUUGUCCAUGUCCAAGGCGCACAUACUCGACCAUCAUGCAUAGGAGUAUGUCCAAGAAGAAAAUGUCAAGAGUGGCCUAUAAGACAUAG